AUGGACGGCAAGCCUAAAAAAAAUAUCCAGGAAUGGACAGAGCGGAAACAUGGGAAAGUAGAUUACUACCCUACCCAAUUCUUUUUGAAUCACGAGUAUUUCUGCUCGUACCUCAACAAAAUGCGGAAAACACAGACGGCUGCUUGCAAGUUCUGCGGCUACGAUAAAGAUGACGCAGAGCAUUCGUUCUUGGACUGCAUCAAGUGGCAAGCCGAACGAAACGUGCUGCAGAAAAAGAUCGGAAUCUUCAAUUCUGACAACAUCAUAGAUAAAAUGCUACUCAACGAAGAAAGGUGGACUGCAGUAGCUAAAUACAUACAUACAGUUCUCCGGGUCAAAAAAGAGAAUGGUUUUCGGGACAACCAAGCGGAGGUGGUGCAAGCGUAG